AUGGCCAUGGCUGUGAAAGGGGCAUGUGGACCGGUGGGCACUGAGACCCGCAAAAUGAUGCUCAACGAGUCUCACGCAAGAUUCCUAGUGGAAUGGAUGUGGCUUGCGCAGAAAGUAUGCGAAUGUUCGGAUUCUUGGAAGGGCCGACUAAUCCAAAUCAUGUUCAGAUUCGGCGACCAGGUUUUUUCAAAUUUGACCGCACUUGAGUCAAGACGCUUGGCUACCAGGGCGAAGGAUGGGGGUCAUGGACAGGGCGAGGCGAUGGAAUCCGGCAUGGAACCUGAGGAGAAAGGUAGACGAGCGGUUGGGCAAUGGACGGGCGAUAGUAGCGGCACACCCCGCCGGACGGGCAAGCCGGUCCCUGUACAAGCAACUAGACGGCGCCUGUCGCAGACGUUGGUAGAGGCGCCAUCUGCAGCCAUAAGUGCAAAUGAACGAGGUGGCGUGCGAAGACGCAACGGAGAGGGCGUCUCCGACGGCGGAACCGGCGGCGGAAAUGGCUGCGGGAUGUCAAGCGGGUGUCAAGUCCACAGUCGAGUGGCCAGAAGCAAUACGACGCCGCUCCAGGCCCAACCAGACGCUGGGCAGCGGGGACGUCGAUCUCCCCGGCAUCCUGGCAAAGCCUCCGUCCUUCCGUCUAUUGUGGGAACUGACUUACAUAAGCGGGUCGUGGCUUUGCUUCUUGCAGCUGAGCGCUAG